GCCGGGCAGUUAGGGAACCUGCUUGCUGCUGCUGGGUACCGGGGCGGGUGCAUUAACAUGUUAGAUGCCCGCCGCGCGUGCACUGUCGCUUGCGCGGGGCGCACGGGUGAUAAUUUGCUAACCAGGGCCGGAUUUAGGUCUGAUGAGGCCCUGAUCUACUGAAGCCUCAUGUUCCGGUCUCGGCGAGCCAGCUUGGCACAACGGCUCUGGAGGCACCGCUGCGUCACGCCCGGCCCCGACGACAGCCACGGGGCGUUGAAGCCGGCGGCUCUGGCCCUCUUCAAGAAGCUGAAGGAGAAGGAGCUGGAGCUGCUGCUGUGGGCGGUGGAGAGCAGGGGGGCGGGCGAGUCGGGCUGCGUCUGGGUGGAGUCGCGAGGCUCCAAGCCGGGCCUCCCCGCCUCGCUCCUCCUGUGCCGGCUCUUCCGCUGGCCCGACCUGCGCCACCCGCACGAACUCAAGCGCCUCAGCUUCUGCAAGAGCACCGGCGGAGAGGGCAGCGUCCACUGUUGCAACCCGCAUCAUCUCAGCCGGCUCGCUGUACCUGAGACUCCCCUGCCCCCCUACGGCAAGAUCUCUCCUUUCGCAACCCCUCUGAAGUGCGCCAACACGUUGAACAACAACCGCAGAAUAUGGCAAGACACCAGCCUCUCCCAGCGCUCCCUCAGAGACGGCCACUGGUGCAAACUGGCUUACUGGGAACACCGCCUUCGAGUCGGGAGGCUCUUCUCCGUCCACGACGACCACGUCAACAUCUUCGCCGACCUCCCGGCUGGCAGCGGUUUCUGCCUGGGCCAGCUGGGCUCCAGGAACCGUAGCCAAGCCGUCCAGCGAGCCCGGGCCAAGAUCGGGCAAGGCUUGCUCCUGAGCCGCGAAGGCAGCGGCGUCUGGGCUUACAACCGCAGCGACCACCCCGUCUUCGUCUGCUCCCCAACCCUGGGUCCUCCCGGCGGCUCCGGGCCGGCUGUUCACAAGCUGCUUCCCGGCUACUCCCUCAAGGUCUUUGACUACGACCGCGCCGGCAACCUGGCCUGCUGGCAGGGCCACCACGACGGGCCCUACGAUGCCCACAGCGUCCGGAUCAGCUUCGGCAAAGGCUGGGGCCAGUGCUACUCUCGGCGGUUUAUCACCUCUUGCCCAUGUUGGUUGGAAGUUCUGCUGAGUAUACCUAGAUGAAGAGGGGGGCAAGGAGCCAGGAAAGGGGGCUGGUUUUGCGGGUGGUGAGGGGGGAACCCCCUCUCUGAGCCUUGGGGGCGUCCGGGAAAGAUCUACGUAUUAUUUCCCAGCUUCCUCGCGCGGGGAGAGAGAGGAUUCUGCGAGAGUCGGGUGGCUUUUGUAAGUUAUCUGUUUCCUUAUAAAUAUACGGGUUGAGAAGGUAGUGUCAUAUAUAUAAGUCGGGAAGGUAGCCUGAGGGCGAGCAACUUAGAGAUAGUCGCAAGGCAGAAUUAGUGCAGGGCCCAACAAACUCAGGUUGACAGCAGAAUUUUUGUUUUUUGUAGUUCACAAACCAGUUCAGCAAGUUCGGUAGCUUCCUCCCUGGGAAUUUUAGCACUUCUGCUAGUGCGGCUGCAGUUUUAAAGUUUCAGCAUCCGAUUCCCCUAUGAAAAAAAAACUACAGUUCUCAGGGAGGGGUUUUUUGGUUUGUUUUUUAAGCGAAACUGGUUUCAAACUGGAUUUGUCGUGUAAACGCAGCUGCUGCUUUGGGGAUGGAAGGCAGCCACUCAAAGCAGUCUGCUGGGGCAGAAAUGACACCAUUCAGGUUUGUAAAAGCUUCACCCCAUGAAGCUGAACAGCAGUAAAGUGCAGGUUGGAGAAGCAAUAGGUGUGUUUUUUGCUGUCCGUUUACAGCAUCCACUGUAGGGAACGUUCCGCUGGCUUAGACGGCCUUAGAAAACGGAACUGGAGAGAUUCCUGGAGGAGGACUGGCCCAUCGACGUCUCUUAAAUGUGGUGGGUAAAUGGAACCUCCAGUUCCAGACGCAGUCUACCUCGGAAUAUCACGUGCUGUGGAUCGGUAGCAAGGGAAACAACCCACAGCUUCCCACCUCGCUUGUAGGACACGGGUAGCCGAUUUAUACCAAAUCAAUCCAUUGGUCCAUCUAGCCUGGUAGUAUUUACACUGACCGGCAGCAUCUCUCCGGGGUUUCUGGCAGGAUUCUCCUGCGACCUGGAGAUAACCAGGAGCAAACCUGGGACCUGUCUGAAUGCAAAGCAGAUGCUCUGCCACAGAGCUAAGGUCCUUUAUGUAACAAAACAAAACCCUAAGAUUCUAGUCCUCAUGAUUCUGAAUAAACUGGUGAAUUAAAGAGGAACAAUAGAAGCUGCCUUAAAGUGAGUCCAGCCCUUGACCCGUCUAUCUCAAUAUUAUCAGUAUACCAAUGGCAGCAGCACUCCAGGGUCUCAGACAGGCGGUCAUUUGCAGCCAAUUUGAAAAUGCCAGCAUUUGAACCCGGGACCUUUUGCAUGCAGGGGAGAUGCCCUACCCGUUGCAAACCUCUGGUGGGCUCCCUUUUGAGGACAGGACCCCAGGCUGAGAUAAAACCGUUUGGUCUGACGCAUCAAGAGUUGUUGUGGAAAGAAGCUGGGAGGACAGCAAGUUGGAAAGCAAUAGCGAAGGAAAUCUUGCUCAUGUCCUGACCCUUUUUGAUCUCUUAAGUAAGAGCCCAGCUUCGGCUGAGACAUUUCUUUAUUUUUGCCUCCUUUUCUCUUUUGCUAUUAGUGCGCCACAUUUAUUUCUAGUGCGCUGCAUAGAACACAUAACUUGAUAUUUGUGCAGGGGGGGACCAGGUGUGACCCCCAUCUCUCUUUGAGCAGAGAGAGAGGGUUCAGAGGGGAUCCUGAAAUGAGAAAGGAGGAGGAAGGGGUGUUUGUGAGGAUGGGAAAGUGGGUCUUGAGGAGAGGGUCUAAGGAGAGAAGAGAAGAUGAAUAGAUGGGAGGUUUGCCGGGGCAGAAGAAGGGGCUGGGAAUGGAUGGUGGUUGUGGGAGCUGGAGGAAGUUGUACUAUAACAAAAGUAGGAGCCUGACAAUACCUUUUGUAGGUGUUACGGGCCGAGCAAUUUUAUACCCAGUUUAUUUAUUUCAUUGUCAUUUCAUAAAAUUUUAUACCACUCGAUUGUAAACGGAAACCAGCAACCCUCGGAAGAGGUUUACAACAAGAAUAAAGCAAAUAACAUGAUCAA